CCUGUCCUCGCGUCUCCCUUCCCAGAUCCAUCGACUCGCUCGGGCCGCCCCUCCCGUCGUCCCCGUUCGAAGGUGCGGCAGCCGGCAGGCGAGCGAUUUGAUUCGACAUGAAUCCCGAGUACGACUACCUUUUCAAACUUCUGCUUAUUGGUGAUUCUGGUGUUGGGAAAUCAUGCUUGCUUCUCAGAUUUGCAGACGAUUCUUAUUUGGACAGCUAUAUCAGCACAAUUGGGGUUGAUUUCAAAAUUCGCACAGUGGAGCAAGAUGGGAAGACCAUAAAACUUCAAAUUGUAAGAUUACUAUGCUGUAUUGUUCUUUUAUUCAUCAUAUGUGCAUGGUUUGAUGUCUUGUGAUGCCAUAUGUGACAUAUGUUUUCCUAGGUGAACUGGAAAGUAAAAGGUAAAAUUUAUCCUUUUCAUUAUAGUCAGUAGAGAAACUGGAGCAUUAAUAUCUGUUGACUUAUCAUCUACGAAAUAAGUUUGAACGUAAUGUAACAUAAGUUCCCACUAGUUAGCUGAUGAACUAUGGAAAUGAUAUUUCUACUCUUCAUUUUUAUCUAAAUUUUGUUUAACCUGUUACAUUAUCUAGAAGCGCAAUUUGGCAUGAAGUGGUAGAAUUAUAGCUACAUCAAGAGAAUGUCAUAAUCUAGUGUUCAUUGGUCAACCAAGGGAAUAUCAUAAUCUAGUAUUCAUUGGUGAAUCAAGGGGGAAUGCGUUGUUUGGUGGUUUCUUCUCUUUGCACAGUUGUUUCCUUUUAUAAAAGCUGUACAUUUGGGGCUUCCCUUGCUUAAACACAAUUAUGUUUAUGAAUUAUGAUAUAACUCUUGCUUAUUCCCUCGGUUGACAUCUUUUUGUAAUUGCUGCAGUGGGAUACUGCUGGGCAAGAGCGCUUCAGGACAAUCACUAGCAGCUACUACCGCGGAGCUCAUGGAAUCAUUAUUGUAUAUGACGUGACAGACCAAGAAAGCUUCAAUAAUGUGAAGCAAUGGUUGAACGAGAUAGACCGUUAUGCAAGUGAUAAUGUUAACAAGCUCCUUGUUGGGAACAAGAGUGACCUUACUGCCAACAAAGUUGUGGCAACUGAGACAGCAAAGGCGUUUGCUGAUGAGAUGGGCAUCCCAUUCAUGGAGACGAGUGCCAAAAACGCCAUCAACGUGGAGCAGGCCUUCAUGGCUAUGGCUGCAUCCAUCAAGGAUAGGAUGGCCAGCCAACCAGCCGCGGCCAACGCUAGGCCAGCGACCGUGCAGAUCCGCGGGCAACCCGUCAACCAGAAGACGUCUUGCUGCUCGUCCUAAGAUUGCCUCAUUUCUUUGGUUCCUUGUGACUAUUUCUACGGUUUGUGCGCGCACGCAAAUGUAUUUGCAUUAUUCCUGAUAGCAUCUAUUCGUUGGCCAGAUGAUUAGAGAGCUGAAAAUAUGUUAAGAACAAUACCAUAGAGAGAAGUUCCUCAGUGCUCUCGCAGCUUAAGGAGCAAACAGCAACACUUUACUUCGUUUUUUAUACUUUAUUAUAGCCGCACUGUUUAUUACUCGGGCUACAUUUGUGAACAGC